GUUCUAUUUACAUCAUUAGUGACUUCUUUCUUCACCUCAAUCCAGCCCAUGAAAUUGCUGAUAUAGUCUGGAUGCACACACUUGAUUGCAGACCUCAGUCUCCACAGGGCUCUUGCCUGCUGGUCAGCGAUGUAUCGGCGAGCUGUGGUGAGGGCCAGAAAGAGAACUUGUUUGGAGCCCUGGGCUAUUGGCCUCAUCACUUUUAUAUCCCUGAUUGUCCUGGCAGUGUGCAUUGGACUUACUGUUCAUUAUGUGAGAUACAACCAAAGGAAGACCUACAAUUACUAUAGCACAUUGUCAUUUACAAGUAACAAACUAUAUGAUGACUUUGGAAAAGAGGCUUCUAAAAAUUUCACUGAAAUGAGCCAGAGAAUUGAAUCAAUGGUAAAAAAUGCAUUUCAUAAAUCUCCAUUGAGGGGAGAGUUUGUCAAGCCUCACAUUAUCAGGUUCAGUCCAGAGAAACAUGGAGUGUUGGCUCAUAUGUUGCUGAUUUUUAGAUUUCGCUCUACUGAGGAUCCUGAAGCCAUCAAUAAAAUUAUUCAACGUGUUCUAACUGAAAAGCUGCAUGAUGCUGUAGGACCCCCUAAAUUAGAUCCUGAAUCAGUUGAAAUUAAAAAAAACAUGGUCUCCUGGACUGUCACUGCGUCCUGGUUCCUUAAUGAAAUCAACAAGACAGAAACAGACAACUUUCUGAACAGUUGCUGUGGGACACGAAGGAAUAAAACUUCAAGACAGAGUCUCAGGAUCGUUGGUGGGACACCUGUAGAGGAGGGAGAAUGGCCGUGGCAAGCUAGCCUGCAGUGGGAUGGGAUGCAUCGCUGUGGAGCAACUUUAAUUAAUAGCACGUGGCUUGUGAGUGCCGCUCACUGCUUUAGAACGUAUAAGGACCCAACCAGAUGGACUGCUUCCUUUGGAGUAACAAUAAAGACUCCAAAGAUGAAGCAAGGCCUUCGAAGGAUAUUUGUCCAUGAAAAAUACAAGUAUCCAUCACAUGACUAUGAUAUUUCAGUUGCAGAGCUUUCUAGCCCGGUCCCCUACACAAAUGCAGUACAUAGGAUUUGUCUUCCUGAUGCAUCUCAUGAGUUCCAACCAGGGGAUGAGAUGUUUGUGACAGGAUUUGGAGCACUGGAAAAUGAUGGUAGUGGUCAAAAUCAUCUUCGGCAAGUACAGGUGGAUCUCAUAGACACUAAAACCUGUAACGAACCCCGAUCUUACAAUGGUGCCAUAACUCCUAGAAUGUUAUGCGCUGGCUCCUUGAAAGGAAAAAGAGAUGCAUGCCAGGGUGACUCUGGAGGACCACUGGUUAGUCCAGAUGCUAGAGAUAUCUGGUAUCUUGCUGGAAUAGUGAGCUGGGGAGAUGAAUGUGGACAACCUAACAAGCCUGGUGUUUAUACUAGAGUGACUGCUUUCCGAGACUGGAUCCAUUCCAAAACUGGUAUCUAAGAGAGAAAAAUCUAGUAGAAUGGAACACAUUUUUGUGUAUAGGCCAUUCUCAAAGAUACAGAAUUGCAGAAGUCUUGCAGGUCACUUGGAUAUGACCCAUCUAACUAACCUGUUUGCUUGAUGCACAUAUUUCCUUCCUACCUCUGCUCCACACUGAACGUCCUGCUUCUGUCAGAUAGAUUCUGUCCCAAUUUGCGUUCAUUUGUUUUCUAGAAGCUUUUUCAUCAAAAUUUUGGCUUGUUGACAUAAAUUUCUUAUGCAUAUUAUGCAUAUAUAUAUAUGUAUAUAUAUAUAUAUAUACAUAUAUAUAUAUAAUUUGAAGCAAUUCCUUCUUUCAUUUUUCCAACUUCUCUCAUCUCAGAUCUCUGCUUUCAAGGUACAGAACAAAGGGCCAAAGGAAAUGUAAAAAGGAAAGAACUAUAUUUUUAUGUACAAAAAAGUAUUAGGAAUUUCUUUUUCCUUAAAGGAAUGAGGAAAAUGAUAAUAUUCAUUAUGACAGGUCAAGCAAACAGAAAGCAGAAUACAAAACACUUAAUGAUGGAGAAAGAAUGGGAAUUAAGGAAGUACAGAGAAACCAAGAUAUAGUUUUAUUUUCAUUUCUAGCUAACAUCUACAGUGAUAAGUGUGGGGACAAUUCUGUUUUCCUGUGACCUACAAUAAUUAUACAGAUUCUAUAUAAUGUACUUGUUCUAUGUUAAAGCAAAUAAUAUUUAUUUAGUCUUGCACUACUGAAAGUAUCAAUAUAUUAUAAUGAAAACAUCAUCCAUUUACUUGAUAUUAUGAUAGUCCAUGAAGAAGGGGAAGAUGGGAAAAUAUCACUACUCAAUGUAUUGCAAAUGUUUUAAAAAUCUGAGGUUAUGAAAAUUCAUUUAAGAACAACCAGUAUACCUUACGUAUUAAGAUUUUUUUGUGAUUGACUAGACGAGAAUGAAGAGAGAAUUAGUAUUUAACGAAAAGGAACUAUCACCAAGGGCUUGUGUGCUUGUGAUUAAAGCUUUUCCAGCUACAAAGCCUGGAAGGGAAUAAGGUCCAGGUGUUAAUGUAUAGUUGUAGUCAUGCAAAUGGAAAUGAGACCUCCAUUUGGAGAUGAUUACACAUCUUUGCCUGCUACCUGCUUUACCAGCCCGUGGCCUGAGCACUUCCCUGGGCUUGGAUCAGAAGAUAUCCUCCCUGCUGUGUCGAGUAUGGCACAGAAUUGCUAACUGCUUACAUACAAAACUGAAGACGGAAAGCCAAAUAUCAGCCAUUUUCAUAAUUUUAUUUUUGGUAAUUUACUAAGCUGUGAGAGACAUAACACGCAAGUGAUCUAGGCCAUCAUGAAGUUAGAACUCAUGCCAUGUUAAUGGUGAGAUUUCACUAAAGUUUUCAUUACCCUUACCUGCUCAUAUAUAGCUAUUCACCAAAUUCUGUAUUGGGCCAUAACCACUUUGAAAACCACAAUCAGUAGGAAAAAUUUGACUUUUAUUGACCUGAAUAAUAUUGGCAUAUGAACUGGUAAAAUUUAGGCACUUGGCUAAAAUAAGAUGAAAACUGACAUGAAUGGACGUGCUUGAUAUUUUGCACAAAUUAUUUUUGUUUCAUUUAAUAUUCUGAAAAAAAUAAAAUUGAGGCAAGUGAUGAAUUUUAAACAAAGAUUUAAGUACAUUUCAAACUAAAUUACUCUCAGUGUUCUAUUCAAAAUUGACCCCCUGUUUCAGGACCUUCUGUAGUUGGGCCUCUAGAUGGCACCUGUAAGCUGUGGGAAGAUAGAAAAAGAUGUCUGGAUCUUCAAGUGCUAAAAACCGUAGUAGAAAUUCUGUGUUAGGGAUUUUUUUAUAAAAGCAAAAGAAUACAAUUCCUCUCUUUGAAGGCAUUUAAAAAUAAGUACACAUAAAUUGACAUCAUGGUCAAUAUUUUCCAGAUUUCUGGAGGCGAGUUUCCAAACUAAAAAUUUAUAACAUGUGAUGUGAGGAAUUUCUUCUGCAAGCCAACUUGAAGAGAUUUAAAUUAAGGAGCAAUUUUAGGAGUUUAAUUUCACAAUGGCAUCAUAGUCCUCAGAGAAAUACUUUUGAUACUAUCUUUUACAAAAGAUUUGAGGAACAGAGGUUGGGUCACAGUGAAAAUAUGAGCAGUAGUUCAAACUUUAUGUGCACAGAGAAAUAGAGAAUACGAUCGGUCAUAUUUUUAAAAUAACUUCUUUUGAAAAAAGAUAACAUGUGGAGGGUUUCAGCAUUUUUGAACAUGUCUAUUUUAACUAUGUCAUUGGAGACAGUUAAGUCAUGACUGGAAUAACAUUUAUUAAUUGUAUAAGCGGUAUGCAGUUCCUUUUAUAUCUUUUAUCUCUCUUCCCACAGUACCUAGUAAAGUGCUUUGUAUGUCAUAGUCUUUCAAUGUGUUGCUUUAUUUUUAUAUUAUGCAGAAAACAUAGCUUUUUUAUUGUUUACACAUUGACUUUAAGAAGUAAUCCAGAUUUUACAUUAACUGUGAUUUAAGCCAGGUGAUUAAACACUCUAAACCUCAAUAUACUCCCUUAUUAGACAGGGAUAAUAAUAUUACCUCAAAUGAUUGAUUGUAGAGACUACAAUGAGAUAACAGUUGAAAGUGCUUAGCAGAGUUCUUGGCACAUAGUGGGUGCUCAAGAAAUGGUAGCUAUUAUAAUUAUUACUUUAAUUAAAUGGCAAUCUUGUUUUAAACAAUUGGUACUUGAUCAUUAGAUAAUUAGAUAAUUAGAAUAAUAGAAUAGGCCAAUUUCUUGUUUAGUUAGGACUCCUCCUGGAAGUCUUUCUUGACUCCCUCAAGUGAAUAUAACAUCCUCUUUUCUGAAAUUCCUUACCAUCUAAAAAAAACACUUUAAGAUUUUCCCAGAUAAUCAUAGAUUCACAUAUAGUUGUAAAAUAUAAAACAGAGAGAUCAUGUGUAUCAUUUACUUAGUUUCCCACAAUGGUAAACAUCUUGCUUAGCUAUAAUAUAAUAUCACAGCCAAGAAGUCAACAUUGAGACAAUCCAUCAAUCCAUCAACCUUAUUCAGAUUUCACCAGUUUUAAAAGCAUGCAGUUAUGUGGGUAUGUAUGUGUUUAAUUCUGUAAUUUUAUCAUGUGUAGAUUUAUGUAAUCCCCACCACAGAUGAGGUACAGCAUAGUUUGAUCUCAAGGAUCCCUCAAACUACCCAUAGCCACCUGGCUCCUUCCCUAUCCCUGUCCUCAGUCUUUAACUCCUGGUAACCAUUAAUCUCUUCUAUAUGCUUAUGAUUUUGUCAAUUCAAGAAUGGUAAUGGAAUCAUACUCUAUGAAACCUUUAGAGGUUAGCUUUUUCACUCAGCAUACUUCCAUUGGCAUCAAUCCAAGUUAUGUGUGUCAAUAGUUCAUUCUUUUAUUACUGAGUAGCAUUCUAUGGUAUGGAUGUACCACAAUUUGUUUAACCAUUCACUCACUGAAGGGCAUUUGAAGUGUGUACAAUUUUUGACUAUCAUGAAUAAAGCAACUAUAACA